AGAGAGAGAGAGAGAGAGAGACGGCGCUUCCUGGUGCACAAUUGACCUGGUUGGACCGUUAUUGUCAGUGCGCGGAUCCAAUACGACCAUCACAGCAUUUUCUGGGGAUAAAAGCAAAACACAUCCGGCGAAAUGUCGAAGGUGGAAGGAGGAAUGAAAUGUGUGAAAUACCUUUUGUUCGUUUUCAACUUCAUAUUCUGGUUGAUGGGAUCCUUUGUUCUGGCAGUGGGACUGUGGCUGCGUUUUGACCCUGAAACUGUGUCUCUUCUCAAUGGUGAUAAGGCUCCAGACACUUUCUUCAUUGGUGUGUACAUCCUGAUAGGUGCUGGCAGUCUGGUGAUGUUGGUUGGUUUCUUCGGCUGCUGUGGAGCUGUUCGAGAAUCUCAAUGCCUGCUGGGUUCAUUCUUUGCCUGUCUGUUGAUCAUCUUUGGUGCGGAGGUGGCAGCAGGGGUGUUUGGAUUCUUAAACAAAGACAAGAUUAUCAAAGACGUUCAGAACUUCUACGCAACAAGCUACAAUGGAAACAAUAACGGCACACUGAUCAUCUCAUACCAGAAAGUACUGAACUGUUGUGGAACCAUAGAAAGCCCCUGCCCUGAUCCUGCAACAGAUUCUAAGGACUGUGAGACAGGCAUCAAGGAGUUCUUCAACAGUAAACUCUACAUCAUUGGAUACGUGGGCAUUGGCAUUGCUGGAGUCAUGGUCAUUGGGAUGAUCUUCAGUAUGGUGCUCUGUUGUGCCGUUCGCAACAGCAGAGAGGUCAUCUAAGGAUACUUGAACUCUUCCCCUCCUGCAUCCAGCCCUGAAAGACUGUACAGCCUUCAAAUCAAAAGUCAAACUUUGUGCAUUCAGGGACCCGGGAAAUAGAUCAUGU